GCAGUAUAGCUGAACAACUCGGAGCCAAAAAUCAGACCAUCCGUUACCGGCCUUUCAUCUCUCCAAGAUCAGCAAAGUAAUUCGUCCGAACAUCUUCCUAGCGAUAAUUUGCUAGAGACGCUGUCAAAGCUGAACUCAAAUAUCAACUCGAAAACGUAUUAAAGCGAACCGGCACAUCCAUCCCCUCGUAUCUCAAGUUAACUUUUACGUCCUUCGUCUUCCCAAGAUGAUCUCAACAACAACCCUUGUAGGGGGCGUCGUUGGCGUUUAUCUCCUUUUAUCUCUGAGCCGGACCAUCUACAACCUUUUCUUUCACCCUCUCGCCUACCUUCCCGGUCCCAAGUUAUGGGUCGCAUUUCCGGUCUUCAGGCAGGUCAGUAGCAUUCGAGGUAUUUUCGAUGCUCGAAUGAAAGAAUUCCAUCAGGUCUACGGCGACGUAGUUCGAUUUGGACCUAAUGAAGUCUCCUUUAUCACGGAGAAAGCCUGGAGGGAUAUCUAUGACCACCGGCCCAACCAGCUGGAGCGAUUCAUUCUUUCGACGACACGCCGGCCGGAUAUCUUCGAUGCGGAUGAAGUCAACCAUGCUCGCUACCGCAAGGCGCUCAACCCUGCCUUCUCCCUAAAGGGCCUCCAGGACCAAGAGCCAGUUGUCAAGGGAUAUAUUGAUCAAUUCAUUAGCCGGCUAAAAGAUGAAGCAAAGACCGGGGCUCCGACCGACAUGGUCAAGUGGUACAACUUUACGACGUUCGACAUUAUCGGUGACCUUGCGUUUGGUGAAUCCUUUGGUGGACUGCGCAACAAAGAAUACCAUUUCACGAUUUCGUUCACAUUCGAAGCGUUCAAGCUGCUGUCGUAUUUGGAAGCGGGCGCGGCCUAUCCUCUGUUACUCAAGUUGCUUAUGCUAUUCACACCGAAGUCUCUCGUGGAGGCCCGCGACCGGAAGGAGGAGCAUGCAAGGGUUACUGUCAAUAAGAGGCUUAACAACAAAGCUUUGCACGGACGUGGUGACUUCAUGGAUGCGAUGUUGCGGAACCGUGGCGAAAAGCAGGGUCUGACCGACCCAGAGCUCGUGGCGAACGCUAGUACCUUGAUCACUGCAGGCAGUGAGACGACUGCUACCGUCCUUUCCGGCAUCACAUACUUCCUGCUGAGGAACCCAGAGAAGCUCAAGAAGGUGACCGACGAGGUUCGCUCUACCUUUAACUCUGAGGAUGACAUUGUCUUCAUCACAGCCAGCUCUCGCCUUCCUUAUAUGAUUGCUUGCUUCCAGGAAGCAUUGAGACUGUAUCCGCCAGUGCCUACUGGAAUGCCGCGUGUAACACCAGAGGCCGGAUUGACCGAGAUUUCAGGACACAAUAUCCCCCCUAAUACAAAGGUCUCUGUCCAUCAGCUGGCCGCAUACUAUCACCCGAAAAACUUCAAUCAACCCGAAAAAUACAUCCCCGAGCGCUGGCUCCCCGAGGCUAAGACCGACCCAUCCUCCCCUUACUACAACGAUGCCCGCGAGGUACUGCAGCCGUUCAAUGUCGGACCUCGUAACUGCAUCGGUCGCAACCUGGCGUACAGCGAGAUGCGCGUCAUGCUUGCACGUGUUCUGUGGAACUUCGAUCUGGAACUGAGCCCAGCCAGCGAGAAUUGGAAUCAGCAGAAGAGUCAUUUUCUUUGGGAGAAGUCUGGUUUAAUGUGUGUGUUGAAGGAUCGUUUCAAGUGAGUC